AUGCAGGAGGGGGACGCGGAUGGAGUUGUACCAGCAGUAACAGAUAAUAGUCGUUCAAAACCCAAGGCAGCAAUUAUGGCCCUAUGUCGAAACAGAGAAUUAAAAGAUAUGGCCAAAACUAUGCAACAACUUGAAGAGAGAUUUAAUAAGAAAUACAACUAUGAUUGGGUCUUUCUCAACAAUGAAGAAUUCUCCCCAGAUUUCAUUAAUACAACGAGUUCAAUUGCUUCUGGGAAGGUUAAAUAUGCGCUCAUUCCAAUGCAAUUCUGGUCAUAUCCCUGGUGGAUUGAUCAGGAUAAAGCAACCAAGACGCGAGAAGAAAUGAAGGCACAGAAGAUUAUUUAUGGUGGUAGUGAAUCUUAUAGACAUAUGCGUAGAUUCAAAAGUGGAUUUUUCUUUGAGAUGGAGGAAAUGCAGGAAUAUGAUUGGUAUAUGUUAGUAGAACCCCUGGUGGAAUUUUAUUGUGAUGUAGAGUAUGAUGUUUUUCAAUAUAUGGAAGAUAACAAUAAGAUAUUUGGAUUUGCGAUAUUGAUGGGCGAGAAAAUGAAGACAAUAAAGACGUUUUGGAAAUCAACAAAAGAAUUUUUGGAGCAACAUCCGGAAUACAUUGCUGAGAAUAAUUUUGCCGACUUUUUGACUAGCGAUAAUGGAGAAACUUAUAAUGGGAAUCAUUAUUGGUCAAAUUUUGAAAUUGGAAGUUUGAAAUUCUUUAGAUCAGAUGCAUAUAGAGACUAUUUUAAACAUAUGGAUCUAGCAGGUGGAUUCUUUUAUGAACGAUGGGGUGAUGGGCCCCUUCAUGCGGUUGCAGCAUCUACUUUUAUCCCUAAGGAUCAACUUCAUUUUUUUGAUGAUAUAGGUUAUGGACACGGGAUUCUUCGAACGUGUCCAUUGGAUGAAGAAUAUAGGAGUAAACAUAACUGUGCUUGUAGCCCGGGAAAAGAUUUUAGGUAUAAGCCAGGAAAGGUUGGGGAGAUGUCAAAGAAAUAUUAUGAUUUGAUGGUACUUCCCAAACCAAAAGAGUAUCCUAAUUUUGGAGCAGGUUAUUUUGAUGACAAAAAGGAGACAACAACUCCGAAUGAAACGUAA